AUGAUCGGGAAGCCCGCGCCUCGAGCCAUGAGCUCCAGGACCUCGGUCGUGCAGUCGAUGGCCUCGAUGAGCACGGUGCGGACGGUGGAUCGCGAGCGGCUGCGAGACAAGGCGCGCCAACUGCAGAUGAAGGAGAAUCUGCGCCUCGUCAUGUGCGCCCGGCUGCAGCAGAAGCUGCGCAAGAGCCCCAAGGUGGCGGAGGAGAUGGCCUCGGAGGUGCUGAGGGUCAUCAAGCAGCGAGGACUCCCGGCCGCUGAUCUGUCCGACGCAGCGCUGGCGGAGAUUGUCAACGAGCUCUCGACGCGUCGGCAGGAGCAGCUGUCGCUGGCUGCGAACACAGCCAGAAGACCGUCGUCAUACAACCAAGAGCAGCUGGAGCCGACACCGCCCACCAACCUUCGCUUAGCUCAAGAUCGCGCGUCAGGGAGACGCUCUUCGAAGAGCAAGGAGCGCCCCAACAACAACUCGGUGAGGCAUUCUAAAGUGGGCUCUCGUGGCCGAGGUGCGUCCACUACGGGCGCCAUCACGAAUCGAAGUGUGGCAGACGACGAUAGAUACAUCACCGAGUCGCAGCUCCAGCAGAAGAGCGUGGGGUUCUCGUUGCCUCCCCGUGUUUCGCCCAAGAAGGAGCGAGGCAACGGAAUCUGGGAGGAGAUUGUCAAGUACAGCUCCAUCGAGGAGAAGAUGGACGCGGAGCGCGCGAAAGAGCGCAAGAUGCGCGAGCGUCGAGACUACACGUCCAAGCUGGAGGCUCAAGUCUCGCACAAGCGCAGCACUAAGCAGCAAGAGCGCGAGAACAGCGCCGAGUUCCACCGCCAGCAGCUAGAGCGGAUUCGAGAGGCUGACGACGAAGAGCGACGGAAAGAGGAGGAACGUCUCGAACGUGAGCAUAACCUCAUCGCAAUCCAGACACAGCAGCGUCUAGCCAAGCAAGCGCAGCAUGAGCGUGAGCGCGCGAUCAAGAAGGCCCAGGAGCAGCAAGCGGCCGAGAUGCUCGAGAAACAGCGGAAGGACGAUUUGGCUCGCGAGAAGGCCCGGAGAGAGGCCGAGAAGCGCCGCGUAGAGCAAGUCUUCCAGGACAACGAGGCCCAACUGGAACAAAAGCGGCAGCACCAAGCACGCGAGCGCGGGUUGGAGCUCAAGCUGGCGGAGGAAUACAUCGCCAUGGAGAAGAGGAAGGACGAGGCCCGCAGGAAGCAAAUCGAGACGAUGGCGGAGAACAUCAAGAAGAAGAUGAAGAUCUUCGACGAUACGGCUAAGGCCUCCACCGACGCCAAGGCCCGCGAGGAGGACGAGCGGGUGCAGCGGUACCAACAAGAGUACACCAAGAAGCAGGUUGAAGACGAGCGGAAGCGACGAGCCGAUGCGGAGGCUCGAAGUCUCGCGCAGCAAGAAUAUCUGCGCCUUCAGAUGCAGGAGAAACGCGAGCGCGAGGAAGCUCUCAAGCGCGAUAUGAACAAGCAGGCCGAUCUGUGGAAGCAGGACCGAGUCGAAGCCGAGCGGCGAGAGAAGCUGGCGAGGCAGCAGCGAGCCAUGAGGAACCGUUCGCAGCAAGAAGUGCUGCUCCAGCAGAUGCGCGAGCGUGAGCAGCGUAGUCUCCAGGCAGACCAGACUCAUCUUGAGGUGCAGUUGAACGCUCGACUGCUGCAAAAGAUUCACCAACAGGCUGGCGCUGCCCAGAGCCAAGCAGAAGACGUCGUGUCCGAGACGCAGAACCGAUCUCGAGAACUACAGGAGCAGGAGCAGGCCUUGCAACAUCGGCAAUCGCAGCGAGCAAUCAAGUUCUAG